CCGGAGCCCUUCCCCACAGAAGCACCGCCGCUGCGCCAGAGCCGCCUCCGCGCGCCUGGACGGGACACGGAGGAGGCGCCGCCACGGAGGAUUCCCCACUGACGAAGCCGCCGCCGCCCUCUCGGGAGUCGGAGCCGGGGACCUGGGGGGCUGAGCCCCCGCGCUGCCGGACGAGGCCCCGGUCAGGACAGGGAAGCGGCCAUGGCGGCCGCCGUCGCCACCAAGACGGCCUGGAAGCUGCAGGAGAUCAUGGCCCACAGCAGCAACGUCUCUUCCCUGGUUCUGGGCAAGAGUUCCGGCCGGCUCCUGGCCACGGGGGGCGAUGACUGUCGAGUUAAUAUCUGGUCAGUUAACAAGCCCAACUGCAUCAUGAGCCUAACCGGUCACACAACGCCUGUGGAGAGCGUGAAGAUUAAUACAAACGAAGAGCUCAUUGUGGCAGGAUCUCAGUCAGGCUCCAUUCGGAUCUGGGACUUGGAAGCAGCUAAAAUCCUCCGCACAUUAAUGGGCCAUAAAGCAAAUAUUUGCAGCCUCGAUUUCCAUCCUUAUGGAGGCUUUGUAGCUUCAGGCUCCAUGGACACCAACAUUAAGCUUUGGGAUGUAAGAAAAAAAAGUUGCGUCUUCAGGUACAAGGGCCACACAGGAGCUGUUCGCUGCCUCCGCUUCAGUCCGGAUGGGAAAUGGCUGGCCUCUUCCUCUGAUGACCACACGGUGAAGUUGUGGGACCUGGCGGCUGGAAAGAUCAUGUUUGAGUUCACGGGACACAUGGGACCAGUAAACGUCAUUGAAUUCCACCCCAAUGAGUACCUUUUGGCCUCAGGGAGCUCCGACAGGACAGUCAGAUUCUGGGACUUGGAGAAGUUCCAGACAGUGAGCUGCAUUGAGGAAGAAGCCACACCCGUCAGGUGCGUGCUUUUCAACCCCGAUGGCUGCUGCUUAUACGCUGGCAGCCAGGAUGCCCUGCGGGUGUACGGCUGGGAGCCCGAGCGCUGCUUUGAGGUGGUCUUGGUGAAUUGGGGCAAAGUGGCCGAUUUGUCUAUCUGUAACAAUCAGUUGAUUGGCGUUUCUUUUACCCAAAGCACCGUCUCCUCCUAUGUUGUGGACCUCAGCAGAAUCACAAAAUGUGGGUCUGGGCUCCAUGGGCUGAUCAGAGAUGACAAACCCCUGAGUCCUCCACCAUCUCUGGGCGCCUCUCUACGGCGAAUCUAUGAAAGGCCAACCACCACCUGCAGCAAGCCCCAGAGAAUGAAACACAACUCAGAGAGCGAGAGGCGCAGUCCGAGCAGUGAGGAUGACAAGGAAGAAAGGGAAUCCACUGCAGAGAUCCAGAACUUGGAGGAUUACAAAGAGAUAUUCCAGCCAAAGAACGCCAUCAUACGAACUCCCCCCAGCAAGAGCGAGCCCUUUCCUGCCCCUCCAGAAGACGAGACGGCACCUGCGAAAGAAGCCUCGCGGGCUGGUCAAGCAGCAGACGCCGCGUCCCCGUUGCCAGGCCAGGAGAGGGCAGACCCUCUUCAGAGGCAGCCUGUAGCUACCUCAACCCCAAUAACGCGGGUGGAGCCCUCGGUGAUUCCAGCUGCCAGGAAUGAGCCUAUUGGGCUGAAGGCCUCGGACUUCCUGCCGGCCGUGAAGAACCAGGGCCUGAUGGACAUUGUGGACGAGGAGGCCGUGUCCCAGAUCCGGAAGGGCCAUGAGACCAUGUGUGUGGUGCUGACCAGUCGCCAUAAGAAUUUGGACACUGUGAGAGCCGUGUGGAGCACGGGGGACAUCAAGACUUCGGUGGACUCUGCGGUGGCCAUCAAUGACCUCUCAGUGGUGGUUGACCUUCUCAACAUCGUGAACCAGAAGGCGUCUCUGUGGAAACUGGACCUCUGCACGGUGGUCUUGCCACAAAUAGAAAAGCUGCUGCAAAGCAAAUAUGAAAGUUACGUUCAGACCGGCUGUGCGUCCCUGAAGCUAAUUCUGCAAAGGUUUCUGCCCCUGAUUACGGACAUCCUUGCUGCACCCCCAUCGGUGGGCGUGGACAUCUCCCGAGAAGAGAGGCUCCAGAAGUGCCACAUGUGCUACAAACAACUGAAAAGCAUCGGCGCUUUCGUCAAGAACCGGUCCGGCCUCAGUGGCCGCCAUGGCAGUGCCUUCCGGGAGCUGCACCUCCUGAUGGCCGUCCUCGAGUGAUCGCUGUGGCCAGGCUGCCCCUGCCUGCUGCUUUGCCCUCCAGCUCUGGAGAUGCUGCCAGGGAACUGUCUUCUCGCGGCCUUCCGGCAGGCAGCUCUUCUGCACCGCACCCAGCCCAGUGCCUUACAGGAGCCCUUUCAAAGCAGGUUUCCCUGCUGUGGCACCACCAAUCUUCCUGCACUUGUGCAGCUGCUGCCUUCGGGGAGGUUGCGGAGGACACGUGGCUCAAACUUCUCCUGGCCGAAAGGCUCCCAUUGCCUCCCACCCUUUUCCCACCUGCCAGCAAUGGUGGUCAACGCCUGACUCACGUCCAGCUCUCCAGCCAUCUUGAAUUGUGGAGGACCAGUAUAGGGUCACUGGUAUCCUCCAUGACGCGGCUGUACCAGGGCCUUUCCGCUUGCCUUUCGACCUGCAGGGCCUGAGCCAGAUUUUUCUGA